CCUCUUAAUAUUUUCAUUGUGAGCUGCCAAGUGGGAGUUGCGAGCUGCACAAACCGAUUUAACAAAACCACAGAGGACACACGUCAACAAUAAAUAGUCUGUCACAUAGUCCACGAGUUACCUUCACUGCGUAGCAUGGAUUCUGCCUUGCAGUGAAACUUUCCAGAGAGCCGAAUACAACAAGCCUACAUUUGCGUCUAGCUCACUGGAGUCUGGUGACCAUCCUGCCCCUCUCACACCUCUCAGGAACUACCUGUCCUCUGAGAAUGCACCUCUCUGGCUGUCUGUCUGGCUGUAGACUCUGCAGACGGCUUUCCUCAUCGUGUUAGACAAGACGGAGCACACUGCCAGGGAAGGAGCACACUGCCAGGGAAGGAGCACACUGCCAGGGAAGGAGCACACUGCCAGGGAAGGAGCACACUGCCAGGGAAGGAGCACACUGCCAGGGAAGGAGCACACUGCCAGGGAAGGAGCACACUGCCAGGGAAGGAGCACACUGCCAGCGACGGAGCACACUGCCAGCGACGGAUCCUUCCUGUAGCUCCUCUCUGAAGGGAUGCAUAUACUGAGUAUACAAAACAUUAAGAACACCUGCUCUUUCCAUGACAGGUGAAUCCAGGUGAAAUCUAUGAUCCCUUAUUGAUGUUACUUGUUAAAUCUGAUUCAAUCGGUGUAGAUGAACGGGAGGAAACAUGUGAAAGAAGGAUUUUUAAACAAUUGAGGCAUGGAUUGUGCAUGUGUUCCAUUCAGAAGGUGAAUGGGCAAGACAAAAGAUUUAAGUGCCUUUGAACGGGGUAUGGUAGUAGGUGCCAGGUGCACCGGUUGUAUCAAGAACUGCAACGCUGCUGGGUUUUUCACACUCAACAGUUUCCCGUGUGUUUCAAGAAUGGUCCACCACCCAAAAGACAUACAGCCAACUUGACACAACUGUGGGAAGCAUUGGAGUCAACAUGGGCCAGCAUCCCUGUGGAAUGCUUUCGACACCUUGUAGAGUCUAUGCCCCGACAAAUAGAAGCUGUUCUUUGGGCAAAGGGUGGGUGGGGUGUUCCUACUGUAUACUCAGUGUAGAGUGCUCCUUAGCGAAUGAUUAGAUCACAAUCAUCCCACUAAUUAGAGAGACAGUCCUGACCUGCACCUCCUCUUGCACCUUUACAGGGUGUUUGUUGAUGCUACCAGCUGUUCUCCUCUGGCUAACUGUCAUCACAGUGCAGUCAAACACACCUGAGAUCCCCUCAGUCUAUACAGGUGGCUCCCGUUGGCAGCUUUCCAAAGGUACCUGGCCGGACGCUUCAGCCGUCGUCGUUAUCAAGCUUGUAGUCCUUUCACCUGUCUGCAGCCGUGAAGGAAAUGAGAUGGGAUGAGACGGGAAGCUGGAGGCUCUCUCCAUCUCCAUCUCUCCACCCGCUAUCCAUUGUUCUCAUUUCCCCUGUGCAUAGAGCAGAUGAAGAGGUGUAUUGACACCGCCAUAGCCCCCAGGGUCUUAUUCGAAAAGCUUUGAGUGUUUGUGAAGCGAUCACGUAGAGAUGCAUAGACUUGGAUUCAUAAAAAAGUUGUUCUCUAGUCUAGGAAUGUGAUUUCACAGAUUACGUGGUUACAUUUCCUUUGGUCUGCUCCAUUUUGGAUUCUUCAUAUUAUAGUACACCUCAUACAGCCAGGGGAUAAAUGGUGAAAACCCAACAGUCUAUAGCUCAUACACUUCCCAUUAGACGUUGGCAUGAGGCAGGCUGAACAAAGCCAGGCCAUGCAAUUCAAUAUCCAUCUUCAAACAAAAGCAAUACAGGUCAAAAUAGUUAAUAUUACCAAAGGAAAUAGAGGGACUAACUGUACAGAUAACAAUAAAAAUGAUAUUUUGAAAGUACUUUGAGCAUAUGUUUUUGUUUCCGUCUCCUCUCCACUAACCCAAGUAAAUUUUAAGGAGUUUUUUUUCUAUUAAUUAUAAAAUUAACAGCUGUACAUAAAGACUCAUGUGAAGGCCAAAUUACAGAAGAGGAAUUUCUUGACGUAUUAGCCCUUAUUGCACAUUCCAUGACUGAACGUUCUAAGCACACUUCCUACUGGUGUGGCAAUAUCUGGUGUGGCAUACUAUAGAACGAAUGUCAGUCUAGUUGUUAUCGAUAUAAUAUAACAGUGCUACCACUCGUAGUUUGUUUUACUCGCUGUCUUCAGGACUUUCCUCAAAUGAAUAUUAUUAAUAUACAUCAAAUUGUUACAUCGGCCUCAGACUCCAGCUAGCAAGAACAAAAAUGGCUUCAAGAUAUAUAGGAAGCUACAUAGACAAUUAUGAAGAUGGUGUUAAAGCACUCCGUACCAGUGAUAGUGGUUCAAAGCAGGAAGUGCUCUGUGCAAUCAUCUGGUGGCCCUUCUUUACCAGACAGCGCACUACUCUCAACUAAACACUCCUGCUGCACCACCAGUUCACAGCUGCACAGACACAGAACAGAGUUGGCUCAAGCCAAGAACACUUGAGUCUGUCAAUAUCCAUAAAGAAAUGUGCCUGAAAAGUAUUCAGCCUAUGCAACAGUAAAUCCUUGUUAAGUAGGGUGUGAAGCCAGGUCCGGUUGAUGGGAUAGAGUUCUGUAAACCUACUAACUCGUGUGCUGAUGGAAUAAGCCAUGGCCAUGCUGCAGGCCCCCCAGGCGCUCCAGAGCCAGCCAGCAGCCCCAGAUGGUGGGUGGGGCUGGGUGGUGGUGGGGGCCCUGUUUGUGACCUCUGCCCUGGUGUUUGGGAUAAUCCGGAGCAUGGGGGUCUUCUUUGUGGAGUUUGUGCAGUACUUUGGGGAGAGCGCCCAGGCUGUCUCCUGGAUCACAUCCAUAGGGUUGGCCAUGCAGCAGUGUGUCAGUCCAUUUGGCACAGCGUUGUGUAAUGGAUACGGUGCCAGACCUGUAGUGAUUGCAGGAGGUUGUCUCUCUGCACUCGGCUUCAUCCUGGCCUCACAGGCCACCUGCGUCACACACCUCUACCUCACCUUGGGCAUCAUCUCAGGUUCGGGCUGGGCAUUAGUCUUCACUCCUAUGGUGGCGUCAGUGAUGCAGUACUUCACCCGGAAGCGCUCCUUGGCCAUGGCGCUGGGCUUUACGGGCGUGGGCCUCUCGUCCUUCGCCUUCUCACCCCUCUUCCAGCUCUUGGUGGAGAUGUACACCUGGCGGGGGGCCCUUCUCAUCCUGGGGGGCCUCAGCCUCAACAUGGUGGCCUGCGGGGCCCUCAUCAGGCCCCUGGGGACUCACAAGGCUGUAGCUGCGCUGGCCCCAGGUGAGAGUGCCUGGUCCUGCGCCUCCCUCUUCCACCGGGCCUACUCCUAUCUGGAGCUUUCCCUCCUCUUCCAGCGGCCCUUCCUCACUUACAGCCUGGCCAUCACCUUCUUCAACUGUGGCUACUUUGUGCCUUACGUCCACCUGGUGGCCCACAGCCACCACGAAGGCUUCUCCCAGUAUCAGGCUGCCUUCGUCAUCUCAGCCACGGGUGUGACGGACAUCGUGGGCCGUGUGGUGUCCGGCUGGGCCUCGGACCUGGGCCGUCUCCGUCUGCCCCACAUGCUGGUCCUCUGGACGGGCCUGUUGGGCCUCUCCCUCCUCGUGCUGCCCCUGGGCUCCCUGGGGGGGUCCUACACGGGCCUGCUCAUCAUCAGCCUAGCCUAUGGCUUCUGCGCCGGCGCCAUGACUCCCCUGGUGUUCUCGGUGGUGCCGGAGAUCGUGGGCAUGGAGCGGAUGCUGGGUGCCCUGGGGCUGCUACAGAUGAUCGAGAGUGUCGGGGGGCUGCUGGGGUCACCGCUGUCAGGUUUGUUGAAGGACCUGACAGGCAGUUACACAGCCUCCUUCCUGGUCGCUGGUGGUUUCCUUCUGCUGGGUACCAUGGUAAUGGCCACUUUGCCUCACUUCUUCUCCUGCACCGACCAGCGGCCUCUCCAGAGACACGCCCCUAACUACAACAACAAGCAGCAGAACCAGCAGAGCCCUGAGUCUGGCCUCAUGACCAACUCCCUAUCAGAGAAACUCAACCACAUAGAUACCAUACCGUACUCUCAACCGCAACUGGACCGCGACAGCCUCCAGCCGGAACCAGAGGUGUACAUGCCUUUAAACUGAAGCAUAACCGAUGAUGCCACUACUAUAUGCUGAUUGGUUGCGGUGCGUUAGCAGCCAUACCUUACUUAGCCAAUAGGGCGGCUGAAUGCCUAGUUUCUCAGUGGAGUUUCCCCAUUGGUCUGGGGAGUACAUGGUUAAGGCGCACGAGUGCUACAGGUUUAUAUUCCGAAGUCGUGUACAUUUGUGGAGGAGGAAGACACAGACAGCAAGGCAAAAAUACACAUGGGCAGUGUGGGAUGUCUACCGUACACAUCCAACCAGUAUAUCGUGUUACAUAUGACUUGGCAGUGUUAUGACCAAUGGCAUUUCACACGCAUAGCUUCUGACCAGAGGAGCCUGGUGGGAGGAUCUAUAGGAGGACGGGCUCAUUGUAAUGGCUGGAAUUGAAUCAAUGGAACGGUAUCAAACACAGCAACCAUAUGGAAACUCCGUUCCAUUGAUUCAAUUCCAGUCAUUACAAUGAGCCCUUUCUCCGAUAGCUCCUCCACCACUCCAUAUGUCACCAUGACUUUCAGAAUUGGCUCAUGUGAAGUCUUAUUUCGUUUUCAAGCUGUCGAGAAAAGGUCAACAUGGUGGGUGGCAUUCAGUAUAAGACGUCCUCAGGCAACUCGGCUGGCUAUAGAUCACAGACCAUAUCAUGUGACAGACUAGUUCAUGGCAUAUGUCCAACAUUUUUUACCCUUCUCUCUCUCUCCAUCCAAACAGAGCCUUGGGGUAGCCCACAGUCGGCUACCAUAUCACUGCGGGAUCAAUGUAGGUGUACUCACAAGAUCAACCACAUCUGGAUGGCAGAAUGUUUAUUUUGUAAGGAACUUCUAAAAGCUAAACAAGGAACCGUUCACACCAGGGCCACCAUUAGCAUUCAAUAUCUUCAAUGAGAAAGGCUUCUGAUUUGUUAUUUUAAACACAUCAGUCGGUCUCUAUCUGUACCCAUACUAAAUAGGUAGAGGGGAAUGUGGUUUGAGUUCUUUCCCCCACCCAACUCUCUGACUUGUCUAAUCUAGUAGGCUAUGCGUGAGUAAGAUUUAAGGAGCACUAAUCUGUUUUCUUUUAAUCAUUCUCUGGAAUGAUAUAUUCACAUGAGUCAUUUGGUGUUCUAUGCCGAAAAAUGGAUGAUUGUCUUGUACUUCUCUGACCCCUGGUAUUAUCAAACUAACUCGAGGCCACAGUCCCAUAGUCGGGCUGCUAUGAGGAUAUGACGAGUUUAAUUCUAAAACGCUGUAUGUCAAUUUUCAGAAAUGUUUGUAAAUUAACUUUUGUAGUUUAAAGAACUUAUUAAAGAGAUCGGUGUGUUUUUUUUCACUAUCUAAUCAUGGCACGGGGUUGUUCAAUGACAGACAUGUCAUUGUUUGGAUUCGAUCACUUGGUGGUUUUAUUUCGGAGAGAUAAAUAAUCAUGUUUUGUUGCGAAACGCUAUAUAUCCACCUCAUUCUCGGAGGAAUAACUAGUACUGCUAGGUUUAACACAGUCAAAUGUAAUAAAUAACAACAUUGUUUUCAGAAAGAACUGCACAAAUGACAUUUGUUACAUCAAUAUAAAAAAAUGAAACUAUAGUAAUAUGAGAUCUGUAGGCUGUAAAAUAUUUCCAUUUGACAAUUCAGUAAUUUAUCAGACACUCUUAUCCAGAGCGACUUAGAGUUCGUGCAUUCAUCUUCAGAUAGUUAGGUGAGACAAACACAAAAUUCGAGCUAAACAAUGGGUAUAUAGAGUUUUGCAAAUAAAUAAACACCUAAAAUCUAUGAAUUAAAAGUCUGAAAACAUGUUUUACACCCAUGAAAAUACCCAUAAAUCAUUUCUGAUGAAAAAAAUGUGGGAAAAUGGGUGGAUAUAGCGUUUUUGGAACAAAACUCUUCAUAUAGACAGUAUCUUCCUCAUGUACAAUAAUGUAAUACAAUCAUAUCAUAUUUUGGACUAAACACCAAAGGAACUCCAAAAGAUCGAGCUUAGUGUAGAUUGAAGAACGGCCUCUAUUCGUCGGGGCAUGGACUCUACAAGGUGUCGAAAGCGUUCCACAGGGAUGCUGGCCCAUGUUGACUCCAAUGCUUCAGUUGUGUACAGUUGUCAAGUUGGGCUGGAUAUCCUUUGGGUGGUGGACAAGGGAUCAUAGCUUUCACUCUACAUCUUGAAAAGAGCACAAGGUGUUUUCCCAAAGCAAGUAUGGAAUAGGCUACCUACUGGCAUGUAGUCACUCACUGGCAGUGUGCUCUCCUAGUUUCCAGAACUUUCUCAGUUCAGUCAAUCAACGCAAUUUUCUGUUUACUGAAUAUCAAGUGCUGUUGAAAUUGUAUGUAGUUACACUCAUGUGAAUAUCUCUUGUUCAUACUUUAUUUCCAUGUUUUUUUUGUGUUUUUUUUGCAAGGUGAGGGCUAGACAAUUUUGCCCCCAACCCAAAUCUGUUCAUGCUGUCUUGCAACUCCUCUGGUCAUUGUCCCGCCGAACAGUUUGACAGAUCUGGGACCAGGCUAAGACUAUCAUGAUCUGGAUUUGGUUGGCAGAGCACUUCUAGGUAAUCUAAUUGGUCAGUUGAUACUUUUGUCAGUGUUUACAUGCACACCAGAGGAGGCUGGUGGGAAGAGCUAUAGGAGUAUGGGCUCGCUGUAAUGGAAUGGUAUCAAACAUGGAAACCAUGUUUGACUCCAUUCCAUUUAUACCAUUCCAGCCAUUACAAUGAGCUGUUCUCCUAUCGCUCCUUCCACCAGCCACCAAUGAUGCACACAGUAUUCCAGAUUAUAGCUCAUAUCACAUUUAAGGUCCUGUUUAGGAUAUGCUGUUUACAUGCACUGUUGCUAUCCCGAUUAUAUGUAUUUCUGUAUCCAUGAAUAAACAAAAUAUUCCUCAUU